AUGGAUCUCCAAAACAGCACCAAGCCCAAGCCACCAGUGGUCUGGCUUACUGGGUUCCCUGGCAUGGAGUCCAACCACAUCUGGAUUUCCAUCCCAUUCUGCUCCAUGUACAUCAUUUCCAUCUUGGGAAAUGCCAUUAUUCUGUUCAUUAUCAAAACAGACCAAAGCCUCCAUGAGCCCAUGUACAUUUUCCUCUCCAUGCUGGCCAUGGCAGACCUAGGCAUAUCCCUCACCACCAUGCCUACCAUCCUGGGCAUCUUUUGGUUCAACGCCAGAAGAGUCAGUCUGGAUGCCUGUUUCACUCAGCUGUUCUUCAUCCACACACUGUCCUUCAUAGAAUCCUCCAUUCUCUUGGCCAUGGCUUUUGACCGCCUUGUGGCCAUCCGGAACCCUCUGAGAUAUGCUUCCAUCUUAACUGUGCCAAGGAUAAGCAAGAUGGGGCUGGCCUUUGUGUUCAGAGGUGUGGCCCUGAUUUUCCCACUGCCCUUCCUUCUCAGGAGGCAUCGGUACUGCCGGUCCAAUGUCCUCUUCCACUCUUUCUGUGUGCACCCAGAGGUGAUGAAGCUGGCCUGCUCAGACAUCACGGUCAACAGCAUCUACGGGAUGUUCGUCAUCGUCGCCACGGUGGGUGUGGACUCGCUCCUGAUCCUGCUGUCUUACAUCAUGAUCCUCAAGACGGUCCUGAGCAUCGCCUCACAGGAGGAGCGGCUCAAGGCCCUCAACACUUGCGUCUCCCACAUUUGCGCCGUUUUGAUCUUCUACAUGCCCAUGAUUGCCGUUUCUGUCAUUCACAGGUUUGGGGAGGAUUCUCCUCUCCUCAUCCGCAUUUUCAUGGGGUAUAUUUACCUGCUGGUGCCACCCCUAAUGAACCCUGUUGUGUACAGUGUGAAAACAAAGCAGAUUCGGGCCAGGAUAAUCCAGAUGUUCUCCAAGUGA